AUGUAUAAACAUUUUCAAGAAAAGUAUCCUUUAAAAAAAGUUUCCUAUGCAGUGUACCGACAAGGAGUUGCCGACCGAAAUAUAUCUUUCGGUAAACUUGGGCAUGAAGAAUGCUGGUCUUGUGAAGUUUUCGAUUUGCAUUGUAAACAAAUAGGCCACGAAAAGAAGAAUUUACCUGAUGAUUGCAAUGUAUGUAAAAAAUGGAAGAACCAUGAAGAAAGGAAAAAUCUUUCAAGGGAAGCUUACCAACAAGAUAGCAAAGCUAAAAGUGAAUCUGCUCGUUUGAUCGUAUCUGCUGAUCUUCAAAAGGUAAUAAUGCUGCCGCGCGUCGACAUGUUUAAAGAGGUAAUUUUUACACCAAGAAUUAUCGCAUUUAAUGAGUCUUUUGUCCCUGUCGGUUCCUAUAAUAAAAAAAAGUCAUGUGCUAUUUUAUGGCAUGAGGCGAUAUCUGUAAGAACAAAAUCUGAUAUCACAAGCGCAUUCCAUAUAUUUUUAUUACUAAAUCGAGAUGCCGAAAAUAUUACAUACUGGCUAGAUAAUUGCAGUGCACAGAACAAGAAUUGGGGCUUGUUUUGUUUUUUUGUCCAUAUGAUCAACUGCGAUGAUGUUGCUGCUCAAAUAAUUGAACUUAAGUUCUUCGAACCAGGACACACCUUUAUGAGUGCAGACUCAUUUCACCACCAAGUGGAGAAUUCAUUAAGAAAAAAAGGUAAAGUUUAUGACUUUCAAGAUUUUGUUGAUUGCGUUGAGAAUGCGAGAUCUGGAAAAAAGGUAAUCGUUGCUGUCAUGGAACUUCAAAACUUCUACCAAUGGCCUGACUGUACGUCUCAGUACAAAUUAAGUAAAACGUCUCCUCGGCCAUAUCUCCAGUCGAUGGUGCACGCCAGAUUCACAAGAGCUUACAAGAGUGAAGUACCUCCUCCUAAGCUUCUUAAAGAACCGAAGGGUAUAUUAAAAGAAAGAAAAGAAAGCAUAUUAAGUAAGCUGUCUGAAAUUAUUCCAACAAAUAGAUUAAUUUUUUGGAAAGAUUUACCAGUUUCUCAGGCUGACACAAGUUUGGACGACAGUGAGAUGGAAGAUUCUGAUGAGUAG